GUUAGACAGCUAGAGGAAUACAUGCUUCAGUUGCAUUGUGUUUGUGAUCCAUAAUGUACUCUGAUGUUUUACUCUUCUUUCUUCUAGUGGGAAUCUUAAAGGAAAAAGUUAAUGCAAAUCUACAAUAUGGGUGCCAGACUGAGUUUACUGAUACAUAUGCAUACAAAAAUUUUCAUCCAGUAGAUGAAAUAGCUACAUAUGCUAAUAAUGCUAUGAUAAUAAAUUUUUCUGUGAGAGCAUCAAGUGAUGCCCAUAUCCUUCUUUCUCCAACAUCAUCACUCACAUUUACUACUCCUGUAUAUGAGAUUGUUCUUGGUGCUGGACAGAACUCAUUUUCUGUAAUACGUGGAAAACAACGACGGAGGACGAUGAAUCACACAAGAACGCCAUCUAUUUUGUCUGCUACAGAAGAACGUGGCUUCUGGAUUCGUUUAACGAAUAGUCUAAUAGAAAUUGGAAAAGGAGGUGGAGAUGAAAGAAUUUUGUACGCUGCAGAUCCUCUUCCUUUACAUGUUCAAUAUGUGUGCUUCAGUACAUGGUAUCAAGUUACUGGAAAGUGGAUAUAUGGCUGUCCUACCAACAGAGGAUAUCAACAAGAAGAAGAACAAUUGACUGUAACACAGAAACUGCGUAAGGACAUGUUGACAUAUUAUGAUCCAUAUUCACGACCCACUGUUGCUGAAGAUCAAAUCACAACAGUAUACAUUGAUUUACAGUGUUUAAAUGUGAAACUGGAUGAGAAGAAAUCCAUAUUCACUGUGAAUGGGGUCAUGCGAAUGAAAUGGAAUGAUGAGAAAAUGAGAUGGAAUCCACUAGCUUACAACAAUGUUUCACUGCUGUAUUUCACAAAUCGAGAAAUAUGGCAACCAGAUAUUAUUCUUGUCAAUGCUGCUGGUCAUGGUUCUGGUCAAUUUGGAGAAACUCGAGUACUCGCAAAAUCAGACGGUUCUGUAUCCUGGUCAUCUCCAGUUCAUUUAGAGUCUUGGUGCUCAUCAGAUCUGAAUAACUGGCCAAAAGAGCAACACACCUGUGAACUUACACUAACCUUUGCCUCUAAAAGUCAGUUGCUUCAGAUGAUGACUGACAAUAGUACAAUGGGUACUGAUCAGAGCACUGGGUCGGAGUGGAACAUAAUUUCACACAUGGUUGAAUCUGCAUUGGUCUCCGUUCCUGGUUCAACUGAUCCAUUAUCUGGCAUCAUUAUUCAAAUUACAAUCAAACGAGAUAAUGAAUCGUACAAAACACUGUUUGUUGGGCCAUUCAUUGCUUGCAUUUUGAUGACAUUAGUGUCAUUUUGGCUUCCUCCUGAUGGCCAAUACAAAAUUCUUUGUUCUUGUUGUGGUAUGAUCAUACUGUCAAAAUUUAUAAUUGAGUUUGGGAAUCUGUUGCCAACUCCAGCUUACAAUGUACCACCUAUUUUGUUUGCAUAUUGUUCAGGAUUAAUAGCAAUGGCUCUUUCGCUUUUUAUUUCCACUCUUGUCAUCUGCCUCACACGUUAUAAGUUUAGAUGUGCUCUGCCAAGGAAGGUGUGUUAUAUUCUGUCGAAUAAGUACUUGCACGGAAUUCUGUUCCUGCCACCAAUAAUGAAUACAGAAGACUACUCUUAUGCAACUCUUGACGAGUUAGGGUCAAACAACAAAGAAACUUCUCCAGAAGAAACAAAAAAUACAGAACAAAUUCAGCAAUACUGGACAAUCUUAGCCACUGUAAUUGACCGUAUUUCCUGUUUUACCUAUGCUGUGUAUUUAAGCAUUUUACUUGCAACAAACAGUCCAUAGUACAUGCAUGUUUAUUUUGGCAAGCAUGUCAUUAAGUGAUUCAAAUCUUUAGUGAAAUAUCAUUGACAGCUUAUUUUAUGAUGAUCCAGACAUGGCAUGUUAUAAAAAAGCUAACACAAAAUAUGACAACCAUAGUAUGUGUAAUGUUUUAAAUUAGAAAUUACUACUGAAGUACGUAAAGUGGCAAAUAAAAAAGUUAGUGUUUGUCCAACAUGACACACACACACACACACACACACACACACACACACACACACACACCACCACCACCACCACCACCACCGAACUAUGGAGCACAAGAUUACAUUGGAAUAGAAACUAAAAAGGAACAUGACAGAAAAGAUUAAGAAUUCUGAAAUCGGAAACAGCUUAUGCAUGACAUGUAAGUAUAAGUGAAAGGGGCAAGUAGCUGUAAUUGUAAAGAAAAAAAAUUAAUUACAAAGAAACUGGAAAAGUGAAUGUGUAUAAGAACUAAAAAAAAAAGAGAUGAAAUUGAAAAAAUGGAAAUUGACCCAUGCAUUGUUCCUAACGUUACUUUGCAUUCAUUUCAUUCUACUUCUUUGUUCUGAGUUCUUUGAUAUUAUUUUUCAUUUCUGCCUUUUUUAACUGUUUCACUUUCCCUAUCAUUAUCUUUUACCUACCCAUUUGUUGCUCUUCUUACACAUUCCCUUUAGUUUCUUCACCUCUGCACUUUUACUGAAUUAAUAAACAUGCCUGCCUGCCAUAGGACUCGACCAAUUUUUCAGCAUUUAGCAUUUGAUAUGCUGUGUUUCACACAAUGUUAUCUAAGCAUGGCCAGCAAACAAAUACAUGAUAUUCCAGUUGCUACAACUAUUCAAAUAAGGAACUACAACCUGUGAAACAAUGUUACUGACACGUGAAUUGUUGUAGUUUCUUGACUUUUUUUUCUAAUUGGUUUUGAACUACGAUGUUGACAAACUAUUAAGUCUUUGCCUUUCAAAUGUGUAGGCUACACCAUAUAGGGAACACAAAAGAUCUAUACCAAAACUAAACCAAAGGCCAACAGAUUGAGUUGGAAUGCUGAUUGUUCCAUACUGCUGUAGCAUCAUUUCCUGCUUAAAGGAAACAGAUCUAACUGAAAGACACAGAUCUGACAAAAAGCUAAUGCACACAGAAACUAAAGAAGAACUCCUGUCCUGUCAGGGCUAGUAUAUUACUAUGCAUAAUUCAAGUUACCAUAAUGUGUGGGGACAAGGCUAUAAUUAAUUUCAAUAAUAUUUCUCACCUCUUUCCAAUUUUCCUUCUUUCAUCUCUCCCCUUCCAAAUACACUUUGUCACACUUUCUCUUAAAAGAGGAAUUCUUCCUUGUUUCCAACAUAGAUCUUUUAUAUGCCUUUAUUGUGACUACAUUUUAUUUAGUUCCCUUCGAUGACAUAAACAUAGCUGCCAUCCUUGAAGAAGCUUUCAGCAGUCACAUGGCAAAUACAGAGGAUGUUACUUGGGUAAUUACUACCUUUGUAAUGAACUAGCUAAUUUGGUAAAAAUGCUGAAUGUUAAACUACAGUUGGGGAAUAUGAAGUUUAUUAUUAGAGGUAAAAGAGAGACUGAGUGUACAAUGUGACUGUAUGUACUGUGUAUUUCGUGUGUGUCUUGCCAAAUUAACUGUAACAGACACAGUAAAUUACUAUUGGUUAUCUA